CCUAAGAUGGCGGGAGGAAGCGUAGAAUAAAACAUUGAAGGAAGUUCGCGGUCUGACAAAAUGCCUCGCUCUAAGAAAGCGACAACUGCCUUCUGGUCUCCUCUUACAGCCUGCUUUUGAUUGUAUCAGAAGAGAGAAUUUGAUUUAGCUUAAGUUACAAAGAAGGUUAACUACAAAGAAAUGAGUGAUAGUGAAGACAAUUCAGCUGGGUCAGGCAGUGAUUUUGAUGAUGACGAGGAUCCAGAUAAAAUUGAAGUUCCAGGUGGGGGCAAAGAUUUAGCUACAGCAGCUGCCAUAAGCACUUUGAAGGAGGAGGCUAAGGACAGCAAAGUCAAGGCAGAAGAUGGAAUUGCCAGCACUGAUGCUGCAGGGAACCAGGCAGGCAGCAAACUUCCUGGUGGACUGGUGACCAAAGGCAACUCUUCACUGGGUUACGAAAAGGUUCGUGUUGGAGCAGGACCCGGUCAGAUGCCAUUUCCGUUUGCCUCGCCAGGGCUCUUUCCCAAUAUGGGCUUUUACCCUGGCAUGGCUGGAAUUCCACAACAUGCAAUGAAUGCAGCAUUACUUCAGCAAUCAAUGGAUAUGGGCGGAUUAAAUGCAAUGGGACCCAUGAAUCCUUUAACAGCAUUGGGUGCUCUUGGAUUGAACCAUAUGAAUAUGCCACUGAACUCAUUUAUGAUGCAGCCAAAUGGAAGCCUUUUGACCCAGAUGAUGCAAGCAAGUGGUAUGAAUGCCAUGCACCAAGGCUGGGCUGGUGGCCUUCCAGGCAAAAUGGUGUCUCAGCUCUGGAUGAAUGAUGAAAGCAAGAUGAAUGCCCUAAGUGGUGUCCACGAGGAGGAGGAGGUCGAUGACGAAGAAAUGGGUGUGGCCGAGACAUAUGCAGACUACAUGCCUUCAAAGUUGAAACUGGGAAGGAAACAUCCAGAUCCUGUUGUGGAAACUGCAUCACUGUCCAGUGUAGAACCAACGGAUGUGUGGUACACCGUGUCACUGCCUGAUGAAACGAUUCGCUCCGGGGCUCUGUCAGCUCUUCAGCUCGAGGCUAUAACCUACGCCUCCCAGCAGCACGAGCAUUUCCUACCUGAUGGAACCCGGGCUGGCUUUCUUAUAGGUGAUGGAGCUGGAGUCGGUAAGGGCAGGACAAUAGCUGGAAUAAUCUUUGAGAACUACUUGAAGGGAAGAAAAAGGGCUAUCUGGGUUUCUGUAUCAAAUGAUCUGAAAUAUGAUGCAGAGAGGGAUCUGAGAGAUAUCGGAGCCAACAAAAUCGAAGUGCACGCACUUAACAAAUUCAAGUAUGCAAAGAUUUCAUCUGCGGUGAAUGGAAAUGUGAAGAAGGGAGUCAUCUUCUCAACAUAUUCAGCACUUAUAGGUGAAUCAUCUCAGUCUGGUGGAAAAUAUAAAACUAGAUUGAAGCAGUUGUUGCAAUGGUGUGGCGAUGACUUUGAUGGGCCAGUGGUGUUCGAUGAGUGCCAUCGUGCCAAGAAUUUGUGUCCUGUUGGUUCCUCGAAACCAACCAAGACUGGCCUUACGGUCCUGGAGCUGCAAAAUAAACUUCCAAAAGCACGUGUAGUGUACGCAUCUGCUACUGGAGCAUCUGAACCUCGGAACAUGGCGUAUAUGACACGUUUAGGUAUCUGGGGGGAGGGCACGCCCUUCAAUGAGUUUAAUGACUUUAUCUCAGCAGUUGAAAAGCGAGGAGUUGGUGCUAUGGAAAUUGUGGCAAUGGAUAUGAAAUUACGAGGAAUGUAUAUUGCACGGCAGCUCAGUUUCCACGGUGUUUCAUUCAAAGUAGAUGAAGUUUCCUUAUCAGAUGAAUUUAUCAGAGUUUAUGAUGCAUCUGUAAAGUUGUGGGUGGAUGCCAUGCGAAAGUUCCAGGAAGCAGCUGAACUUGUUGAUGCGGAGAACCGUAUGAAAAAGACCAUGUGGGGACAGUUUUGGUCUUCACAUCAACGUUUCUUUAAAUACCUGUGUAUCGCAUCUAAAGUUAAUCAUGCUGUCACAGUGGCACGGGAGGCUGUAAAGUGUGGCAAAUGUGUGGUUAUUGGCCUGCAGUCUACUGGAGAAGCAAGGACACUGGAGCAGUUAGAAAGGGACGAUGGGGAAUUGUCCGAUUUUGUUUCGACGGCAAAAGGUGUUCUGCAGUCAUUGGUGGAGAAACACUUUCCAGCUCCUGAUAGAAACCGCAUCCAUAGGCUGCUCGGGAUUGAUCCUCCGAAGAAAGAGAAGAUAAGUGAUAACGGUGAUAUUGAUGCUGAACCUGGAGGUUCUAGUGGAGGGAAGAGGAAACCAGUGAGGCAAGCAGCUCAGCGAGCAGUGAAAAGGGUUCGAAUGUCAUCGUCAGAUGAGUCUGAUUCGGAUAUGGAUAAGGACAGCGCAGGUGGUGGUAAUAGCUCUGGUUCUGAAUUCAAACUUUCCGGAUCGGACUCCGAUGGCAGUGAAAGUGUAUCUGACAGCAACCAGAGCUCGGAUUUCAAUCCAUUUUAUUCAGAUAGUGAUUCUGAUGCAGAUCCCUGGGAUCGGCGCAAAAAGAAAGGUAAGAAGCAUAAGGCUCCAAAGAAGCGGCAGUCGACACAGGACAAAAUCAACUCUCUCUUCUCACGCAAGACGCACAAAGGGAAACGUAACGGUGACGCCAGUGGAGGUGGUGGUCGUCCUCCUCCACCUCCAAGGGAUGCCAUUGAGAGAGCUUGCAGCAUGAAAGAAGACCUCUUGCGACAGAUAGAGGAACUUGGUGAUAAGUUGCCACCUAACACCCUAGACCAGCUUAUUGAUGAGUUGGGUGGCCCAGAGAAUGUUGCAGAGAUGACUGGUCGGAAGGGUCGUGUUGUACAGACUGAAGAUGGUAUUCAGUACGAAUCACGGUCAGAAGUUGAUGUUCCUCUAGAAACUCUGAACUUGACAGAGAAGCAAAGAUUUAUGGAUGGUGAGAAGGAUGUGGCCAUAAUAUCAGAAGCAGCUUCCAGUGGUAUCUCUCUUCAGAGUGACAGAAGAGCAAGGAAUCAGAGGCGACGUGUCCAUAUAACACUGGAAUUACCUUGGAGUGCCGAUCGUGCUAUACAACAAUUUGGUCGAACACACCGUAGUAAUCAAGUUAAUGCACCUGAAUACAUUUUCUUAAUUUCCGAUUUGGCUGGGGAAAGAAGAUUUGCUUCAAUAGUGGCCAAGAGGCUGGAGAGUUUGGGAGCACUAACUCAUGGUGACCGCCGAGCAACGGAGACGAGAGACUUAUCUCAAUUUAAUAUUGACAAUAAGUACGGUCGAUCAGCCCUAGAAGCCACUAUGAAAACAAUAAUGGGCUAUGAACCACCACUAGUACCUCCACCAAAGGACUAUAAGGGAGAUUUCUUUAAAGAUGUGGCUGAUGCACUUGUUGGUGUGGGUCUCAUUGUGAAUAGUGAGAGUAUGCCCGGUGUUCUUAUGCUUGAUAAAGAUUACAACAACAUGAGCAAGUUCCUGAACAGAAUCCUGGGAAUGCCUGUCGACCUGCAGAAUAGGUUAUUUAAGUAUUUCACUGACACCCUUAAUGCCAUAGUAACACAAGCUAAGAAGUCUGGCCGAUUUGACAUGGGCAUAUUGGAUUUAGGCACAACAGGUGAAGAGGUAAAGCGAGUAAAGCUUUACACAUUCCUAAGAAAGCACGCCACAGGUUCAGCUGUGACAGAAUUACACAUAGUCCACGUAGAACGAGGAAUGAGCUGGGAAGAGGCAAUGGAAAAAUGGGGAGAACUGGAGGGGUCCCAUGAGGGGUUUUAUUUGUCACACCAGAUAAGGAACAAUAAGCAGACGGCAAUUUUGGCUGUUGCAGUAGGGACCCCUAAAGGAAAGAAGGAAAAUGACAAGAAGGCAAAAGAUCAAUUCUACACCAUUUACAGGCCCAAUACUGGAUUACAGCUGCGCCAAGAGACAUUAGGGGAAUUAGAGAAAAAGUACAAAAAGGUUUCUACGGAUGAUGCACAGUCCCACUGGACACAACAGUAUGACGCCUCAGUCACUACGUGUUCCCAUGCCUACUGGCGUGGAAACUGCAAAAAUGUGACUCUCGGGUUAGACUGUGAAGUUGGCCUCCGAAGGCGUACCUACAAUGUUCUGGCAGGCUCUGUACUGAGUGUGUGGACACGUGUUGAAAAUGUAUUGGCAGCGAAGUCUGGCCACAACAGCAAGAUGCAGGUAGUACGGCUACGUACAGGUGAAGGAGUCAAGAUUGUAGGAACUUUAAUUCCCAAGAGCUGUGUUGAAGCCCUCAGAGAUGCUCUUUCAUCAGAUGCAGAGAAGACAGAUGAACAAACAUUUUGAGGAGGUGAAAAUUGUUAACUCUAGGUAUUUCAUGGACCAAGGAGGGAUGCAGUGAGUUGUGUUUGCAGUACCAAAUAUUGUGCUAAAAAGACAAGAGUGCUCGUGUAUACGUUGAUGGAAGAUGUGAUAUGUUAUGUGAUGUUUAGUAGGGAAACCGCAAUUAAAGCAACACAGUAUUUGUAAAGAGUGAAAUUCAUUUCCAGUUUCCAUAGGAGCAAUUCAUUUUUCACAGACUUCGUGUAUUACUGGAUAUAUAUAAUAACACUUGUGCUUUAACUGUUUAAUAUUUCAUUCAUUUGUAUGUAAAAUAAGUACCAGGAGUCAGUCAAAGUUGUCAUGCUAUUAGCACAUGCUUCUCUAGUACACAUUACAGUGGUAGUUUCUUUGUUUUAGAUUGUCAUGCCGACUCACUGUCAUUUACUUCAGUACUGCAUAUUAUAGUGCACGUGAAAUGCAGCCUUUAUUUGCUUGUGAACUGUAGUAUUCUCUCCAAUCUGCUAAUUCGAUCUCAGUAUAAUGUGUGUUUUGGUUGCUGGAGCAGCUCUUCUGUAUUGGCAUUUCUGUUCUUCUUAAAAGAGGGAAGAUCUGCCCAGUGUCUAUUAACAAUGCAAGUACUUAUUCAGGGUGGAGUAUUACAAUGUGAAGGGAGCACUUGUAAUUGUAAGUUCAGCUUUUUCUUUUCUUUUUUUUUUAAAAAAAAAGUAUGAACACUGGUAGAUAUAUUUCCAUUUUAAAAAGCUCAGUGAUAGAUUAUUGUAUGUUUUAGAUGAAGAAGUGACUUGUGAUACUGUGAUUUUAUUUAUACUUUUGUAAAUAUUGUUGGUCAUAAAUUUAAUUUAAAUGGAAGCCACUGAAACAAUAAAAUUAAUUUCUAUGGAAACCAUGAAUUUUUUAUACAUGCAUCCAUCAUGCCAUAACUUCCUGUGUUAAGUUUCCAAGGCUGGUUUUUAUCUUAUCAGAAACAAGUAGCAGGUGUGUUUUCUUGUAAUUUUUUGUUCUGGAGUACCAAAGUCAAAGUAUUAAAGUUCACAUGACCAAUAGCAGCUGCAGUAACUCUAACAAGAAAUGGCAGUGAUGUGCAUACCUUUAUAAUGAACACUUGUCAUAAUUUUUAGAUGUGCCAUGAAAUGUUGUAAUAGAUUAGUACUUUUGCACUUAAUGAAGGAAACUACCCUUUCAUUACUCUUAUAUCACUGUACAUAUUGUUUUCAUGAUAGUUUUGAAGAAGACAAUUUCUUUUUACAUCACUGAGACAGUUGUGUUGCUUUAAUUAUGCAGUUCCCUUGGGGACAGACUUUUCUAUUGUGGUAAAAAACCUGAUGAACAGUGUUGCAGAUGAGAUAUUAAACGGUUAUUAUUUCCCUGCAUUUAUAAUAUCCAUUGUGUAAUGCAACUUUUUUUUUAAAGGAUGAGAUAUGAUAUUGUGUGUGUUAGGAAUUCAACAGUAUACCAACUGCUAGUAUUGUUGUUGACCUAAUAAUGUUUGUCAGUAUGGUGUAAGACAAAAAUCUGUCAACUUCCAGAUACUGAGUCUUGUACACAUUACUGAUUUUCUUACCUCCUUUCAUAACUGAGUUGAUAAUUUCACUUAAAUUUUUUGGAGAUACUAAUUCAAUGUGACUUACAUUGCAUAACUCCAUCAUGAUAGCAAAGCAACUGCUGUGUGGAAUGACCCAAAGAAUAUAUUUAGUGUGAUGUAAAAGGUUCACAGAUUGCAAAUUUUGCAAAAAAAUGUAUAGUGUAUAUUGUUUUCUUCGUACAAGAUUUACAAUUUUUUUUAAGCAUUUUGUCCCAUGGGGAUAAGUUGGUGUUCAUUUUUUUUUAAAUGUGACAAGUCAGCCUGUGCAAUGUUCCUCUUUUUAAAUGUCCUAUGUAAGUGGCCAUUGAUAAAGUGAAGGACAGAAUUAUCAAUGGCAAAAGUAGUAUUAAUAUUUUAUACAUGUGUUAAUUGUGAAGAGUUAGAGUCUUCUCCAGAUUUAAAUAAGGUGAUAAGGAAAAUUAUAAACCAGUAUAUUCUGAAAUUGUAGUGCAACACAUUUUAUUUGAUUUAUGACCAUACAAGUGACAUAUUAUUACAUCUCUUCUAAAUUUUUCAUCAGAUUAUCUUUAUUUAGAUCAUCAGAGACUAUUGGUUGGUUGUGAAAAUGAUGUAUAAUUUGUAGUACUUAACAUUUUUAAACUACUAUUUAAGUACUGAAUGUAGAUUGACAGAGUUCAGCGUAAUACUCCAACAGUAAAGUUUAAAGAUUUACCCAGUUACACGCAGAUAUUUUAGUGGAGUAUACAGUGCAUGUCAGACACCUGCAUGCUUUCAUCCAGUUUGUAUUAUGUUGCUCUCUAAUUUAAUAUUUGCUUACCAAAUGUAGGAAUUAUGGGUAGAAUUUCAUUUUGCUAAUAUUCUUUCCUCCAUACAGGAUGCAUAUUGGGUUUUCUAUGUUCAUUAAUACACAAGCGUAUAAUGAAUGGUGGUGAUAAACACCUUGGUAUGAACAAUAUUCUGCUUCAUGAGCAUGAUGUUUGACAAGAUUGAAUGCCAAUCUUUUACAGUCUCCCCUCCAGCCACCUUCUGUGUCAUAAGUACUGUUUUGAGUUUACAAAUCAGCACCAAGUUCCCAGGAAGUCAGUAUGAACACAAAAACUUUUAAGUGCACUGAACACCCAUUUAUUUUGUUUAUUCAUCAGAUUUCUUAUUUUGAAAGUAGAAUCCACCUUAUUCUACCUUAUGGUGUCCCACUGAAGAUUGUACUCAGUAUGAACAUUAUUUUCAUAUUAGCAGCAGUAUUAUAUUUAAUACCUUGAAGAAGAAAUAAAAGAACUGAAAAAUA